AUGGGCAUUAAGACCGACUUGAAGCUCUCCGGGCCACAGUACAGUCUUGCGGUCAGCAUGUUCUUCGUGGGCACUUGCGUUGCAGACCUGUUCACCAACAUCGGCAUGCGUUACAUUCGUCCGAGUCUGUACCUUGCAGGCGCGAUGAUAGUCUGGGGCAUUGUGGCUUCACUCCAAGCCGUCGCAGGAGGCUCGUCUGGCUUAUACGCUAUUCGCUUCUUUCUAGGCAUCUUCGAGGCUGCAUUCAUCUCGGGCGCACCAUACCUGACUACCAUUCUUUACCCUCGAGCUGACUGGGGCAAAAGAAUCUGCGUUUAUCUAGCCGCUACGCCACUUGCCGGUGCUUUUGGUGGCUGGAUCGCCUAUGGCGUCUCCCACGUCAACAGCACCCAUAUCAAGGACUGGCAGAUCUUGUUCAUCCUUGAAGGUCUCCUGACUGUAGCCUUCGGCAUUAUCUGCAUAUGGGUCUUGCCCGAUCGUCCACACAACACUCGAUGGCUUACCCCCCGAGAACGUGACGUUGCCGACUGGCGCAUGAUGCGUGAUGGCAACCGCACUCACGGCAAGAUUCAUUGGGCUGUCGUCCUCAAGCAACUACAAGACUGGCGGUUGUGGACCAACAUCGCCAUCUAUAUGUGCCAAGUCAUCUCGACGUACACCAUCGCGACAUUCACACCAAUCAUCGUCAAAACCAUGGGCUUCACAAACGUCAAAGCACAACUGAUGGUCGCUCCGCCAUAUUGCGUAGCCUUUGUCAUGGUCUUCGUGGUGGGCUAUCUUUCAGACCGCUUCAAGUCUUGUUCCGGCAUCCUGGUCAUCAACUCGAUCGUCGCGGCAGCAGGAGACCUAAUGCUAGUCCUCGUCCCAGCAACACACAACAACGUCCGCUAUGGCGCCACAUUCCUCACCAUCACCGGCAUCCUUUCUGGCGUGACUCUCUCUGUGGGCAACAUCACAGGCAACAGUUGUGGUGAUAUCAAGAAGGGCGUUGCGACGGGGCUCUUCCAAGCGUUCGGAUCAACUAUGGGCGUGGCCACGGGGUAUCUCUUUCCUCAGAAGGACGGGCCAAACUACAGAACAGGCUUCUGGGUCUUGUUCGCAACGACGUGCUUCACCGGCGUCGGCUCAGCAGUCGUCACGGUCCUUAACAUCCGUGAGAAUCACAGACGUGAUGCCUUGACUGGAAAACCACCAACUGACAAAGUCAUCGACUUCGACGAGGACGGACUCAUGGAACGACAUCCGCAUUGGAGGUACUAUAGGUGA